GUGCCCGGGCUCCCGCUGUAGCCGCCCGGGGACACGCCGUGCACCCUCCGGCUCGGAGCUUUCUCGGCGGCGGCAGCAGCGUUAGCGGCGGCGGCGAGAGCAGCGUUCCCGGCUGCGCUUCUCCCUCAGGCGGGGCGGCGAGAGAAGCGGCGGCGGCGGCGGCACACCGGUGUCUCUCCCGCUGGAGAUUUCUUUCUGCUUUCCUCAUCGACUGACUGACUCACCCCCUCCCUAUUUUGAGGAAGGGUGACCUCUUCUCUGGGACUGGAAAAAAUAUUUUUGUGAGGAGGGGGGCGGGUGGCAGCGACAGGGUUUGCUUCUUCUCUUCUUUCAUCUCCCUCUCCUCCCCCCUCGAAGACCGAAAAGCAAACCCCACAACUGCUCCAGCAGCAUCCUCCUUCCCUUCCUCCGCCUCCCUUCUUCUCCGCCGCUCGCAGUUUCGCCCUCUCCUCCGCUAAUGAUUGCAUUAUUAUGCUCCCCUCUCUGGGGGGUCUCGCCCCUUUUGGGUCGCUCCGGAGCCCCGGCCUCCCCUGGCUGCAUUUCUUAAAAAUUUGGGAGCCUGGGAGUGAGUUUUCUCCGAGGCGUGUGUGAGAGGCGGCGGGGGUGUUUUCCUGCGCGAGGGGCGGGUGAAGUUCAUUGCCCCCACUUUUCCCGCGACCUUUUUCGGACCCGAUUUUGGAUCGGGUUGAGGGGGGCGCGGGCGUUUUCGGGGGGCGGGGGGCGCGGCGGAGAAUGGCCGCGGGGAGGGCUCCCCGGAGCCUCCCAGUCUCUUGAUCAAAGCAUUCCGCUAUUCUGAUUUAUUGCCUGCUUGGUGAGUUAUUUUUUUUCCUCUAAAGGAGACCUGUGUGUUCAGCCAUUACUUUGCUCGGCGCUGCUCCCAGGCAUCUCCGACCCUCGGUGCUGUGGGGAGCCCCACACUUGGGCUCCUCGCCUCUCGCCCUCGCUCCCGGUCCCUCCUCCCUUCUCUCCGCCCCUUCCCCCUUUUCUUUCUCCUCUCUUUCUUCCCCUCUCUCCCUUCUUUCGGCCGCCGUCUCCCCCGCGCCCUCCUCGGGGCGGAGGGAAGCCGUGAAGGGGGAGGGAGGGCUCGGUGUCAAUUUUUUUUGUGUGGCCGCGGCCGUAGCCUGUGGCGGGCGAGCGGGGAGACCCCGGCGCAGCAGAGCCAUGGAUGGCCCGACGCGGGGCCAUGGACUCCGCAAAAAGCGGCGGUCGCGGUCGCAGCGAGACCGGGAGAGGCGCUCCCGGGGCGGGCUGGGGGCCGGCGCGGCCGGCGGCGGCGGGGCUGGCCGGACCCGGGCGCUCUCUCUCGCCUCGUCGUCGGGCUCCGACAAGGAAGACAAUGGGAAGCCCCCGUCCUCCGCCCCGUCCCGGCCCAGACCCCCGCGGAGGAAGCGUAGAGAGUCCACCUCGGCCGAAGAGGACAUCAUUGAUGGAUUUGCCAUGACCAGCUUUGUCACUUUUGAAGCGCUGGAGAAAGAUGUAGCACUUAAGCCUCAGGAACGUGUGGAGAAACGCCAGACGCCCCUGACCAAGAAGAAACGAGAAGCACUUACCAAUGGCUUGUCCUUUCAUUCAAAGAAGAGCAGACUCAGCCACCCACACCACUACAGCUCAGAUCGAGAAAAUGACCGCAAUCUCUGCCAGCACCUUGGGAAGAGAAAGAAAAUGCCGAAGGCACUCAGACAGCUCAAGCCAGGACAGAACAGCUGCAGGGACAGUGACAGUGAAAGUGCCAGUGGAGAAUCGAAGGGCUUCCACCGGAGCAGCUCUCGGGAAAGGCUCAGCGAUAGUUCAGCUCCUUCCAGCUUGGGAACAGGCUACUUCUGUGACAGUGACAGUGACCAGGAAGAGAAGGUAAGACGCCCCCCCACCCCGCAUUGUGGGCACAGCACAUAA